UUUGAUUCUCCUCUGGCCGUGAGGUUGGAAUAAAGACCUCUAAACACCAUCUGUCUCUUUCUAAUACGAGGUGUUUUGUACCUAGUAUUUCUUACAGAGAAUAUUUUAUUCUACUGAAACAUGUUUUAAGACACUCGUCCAUCAAGAUUAAAGUCGGUGUGUGACGUCAGCGCGCUGGACGUCUGACAGGAUCGCGGGUGGAGGAAGGGGGGGGGAAUCGGGAUUCCUAAGGAUUACCCGUCAUGCCCCGCGGGUAAAGAUGGCGACAGCUGAGCGGAGCACCAGAUCAACUUUAUCCGAGCGGCUUUGAGUGGAUUUUCUCCCCGUCGGUCGAUGCGUCUCCUCCGGCUGCUCCGCUUCCAUCCGCCCGCUGCUCCGGAUCUCCUUGGAACCGUUCUUCAAUCGGAUCGGAGCCCCCACGCCGGAGGAACAAACCACAGCUCCGGGUAAACUUUCGUUCCUUCUCCGCUCUCCGGUACUUGGUUGUGUGAAGAACGGGGACCGAGCCUCGCAGGUCCUGAAGACGAAGCUCGGAGGAGGAAGAGUGUGAGGACCAACGCUGCCGAGAGGAUGAAGAGUGUCCGGUGCUGACUCACCAGACCGAUAGCAGCAGAAGAAGAAGAAGAAGAAGAAGAAGUCUCAGGAUGACGAGCGCCGCUCCAACCAGGAAGCCGUACCGGAAGGCUCCGCCCCAGCACCGUGAGCAGCGCCGCGCCGCGCCCGUAGCUCCACCUGCGCCGCACCCCAACAUCAAUCAGGUAAACCAACCCCCCCUAAACACGUCUCCAAUCCUGCCACUGCGCCUCGCCCGCCUCCCCCCCGCCGCCUCGCCGCUCUCGGACAGCGAGCUCGACGUCUCAAGCCUUUCCAGCGUGGAGCUCUGCGUCGCGCCUCCGCCGCCCUUCAGCCGCGGCUGGGCUGGAACCGCGCCAGUGGGCGUCGCCACGGGUCCUCGCCGCCACUUUGUGAGCGGCCGCAGUGACGGCUCUCCGGCGCAGCAGCGGCCGGCCCACCGCAACCUGCCUCACCAGACCGCCACGCCGCCCAAAGGGAUCCUGAAGCCGCCGGGUUUUGCGCACCCCUAUGACGUCAUCAGAAAGUCCCGGUCCGAGGAGCUGCUGGAUGACAUCAGGUGUCGCGGCGGUGCCGCCCUCAAGCCGCCCACUCGCUCUCUGGACCGGUGGGAUCAGCAGGCGGCGGCCUUGCGGCGCUCCUCGGACCCGCCCCCACGGGGGACCGACUGGGAGACACAGGUUCUGCAGGAGAAGGUCCGCUUCUCCAACUUCCUGGACGAGAUCACCUGUAGCGUCCUGAGCCCCGCCCACCUGACGCUGCUCGGGAGGACGUCCAACAGCGAGCGAGGAAACCCUCCCCCCCAGCGCCACGGAAGCCCAGCCCACAGAAAGCAGUGUGCGGAGGGACCGCCCACGGACCGGACCCGGCGCUGGAACGACUGGGUGGCAGCAAUGCAGCAGCCCGCCAGCUUGUACCAGCCCCUGCAGGAAGAGGGGGCGGGGCCCGGCGCCCUGCGUCGGCCAGGGGGAGUCACAGAGGGGGCGGGGCCUAAAGAGGAGGUGUGGAAGGUGAAUAGAGAAGGAAAGGUAUUGGUUCAAGAGACUGAGGAGCCACAAAAACACAGACCUCCUGCUUCUAAUCGGUCUCUUCUGUCCCACACCAAGGAGACGUUCUCAGACUCUGAGCGGAUCAGAAUCCUCCAGCAGCAGAAUGAGGAUCUACAGCGUUGCCUCUCUCUCUCCACCCACAAGAUGGAGGCCAUGGAAGCAGAAUUUGACAGCAGCCGUCACUACAUGGAGGCGGAGCUGAGCCGGACCAGAGACGACCUGGACAAGAUGAGAGACAAGUUCCGCAGACUCCAGAACAGCUACACAGCGUCUCAGAGGACCAACCAGGAACUGGAGGAGAAGCUCCAUUCUCUGCUGCGGAAGGUGGAGAGGGACAAAAAGACGAUGGACCAGGAGAUGGUGGAGUUAACAAACAAACUGCUGGACGCCAAGAACACCAUCGACCGCCUGGAGGAGCUCAAUGAGCGGUACAGGCAGGACUGUAAUCUCGCUGUCCAGCUACUCAAAUGCAACAAGUCACAUUUUAGGAACCACAAGUUUGCAGAUCUCCCCUCUGAGCUGCAGGACAUGCUCAACAAACACAUGACCAGCCUACCGGAGCGAGGCUCCGCCCCCGGCGCCCAGGACCCGGACACGCUCAGUCUGACCCCUGCUGACGUGGUGCCGACCUCGGUCAUCGCCCGCGUGCUGGAGAAGCCGGAGCCGCUGGUCCUGAACUCGGCCCAGUCCUCCAGCGCCAGCCGACCCGCCUCGGAGGACGUGUUUGUGCACGUGGACAUGACGGCCCCCCCCCCCGAGCGCCAAGAGGCGGCUCAGCAGAAUGGCUCCUGUCGCAGUCAGAACAGCCUGGACGGGCAGUCGGGCGGUGAGGAGGGGGGCGUGGCCACAUCCUUUGACAAGCUGAACCCCUAUCCGGCGCCACCACACCCCCACCCGCUGUACGCGGGUCGCAAGGUCAUCGAGUUCUCCUCGGAUGACAAGGUGAAGCUCCCCAAGAACUCGCCGCUGCCCAACUGCACCUACGCCACGCGGCAGGCCAUCUCGCUGAGCCUGGUGCAGAGCGACGACGAGCGCACCGCCCCCGCAAGCCCCGCCCCCUCGGGGGGGGGGGUCCUCCACCGCACGCCGCUGUCCCAGCGGGACAUCGGCAGUGAGCCACAGUCGGGCCAGUCCAGCCCCUUCAGCAGCCCGCCACAGGCGCUCAGCGUGAUGGCGAGCUCCGGCAGCUCAGAAGAAGACCUGCUGGCCAACUGGCAGCGGAUGUUUGUGGAGAAGGUGGCGCCGGCCGGCGGCUUGGCGCUUCACCGCACCUCCUUCAGCAGCCAGACGGCCCAGGAGCUGCAGAGGAGGAGGCCGGCCGCGGCGGGCGGCGCCUCCUCCUCCGAGCGCAGCCGGGCGGCCUACUCGGACGGGGAGGAGGGGUCAUCGGCGCGGAGCUGGACGCCGAGCCGCGGCUCCAGCCUGGACACCGACACCGACACGGAGCCUCGGCCCGGCAGGAGGGGGGGGGGGCGCUACGGGGCUGAGGCCUCCGCUGAGGAGGGCGAGAGGCUGCUGAUGAGCAGUGAGGCUGGCAACGCAGCGGUCGCCAUGCCAACAACCCCCACCAAUGCCCACGGGGGGGGGCAGGGGGGGAAGGAGGAGCAGGAGGAACAACAACAGCAGCAGCAGCAGCAGGGGGAGGGGGAGGAGGAGGAGGAGGAGGAGGAGGAGGAGGAGGAGGAGAGCUCCGCUGAGGAGAGAGAUGUCCUCACCCGUGACCUGCCCAUCAUCUCGCCCCGCCUCCUUGAUUUGGACCCUGCCCUCGGCGCCGCCCCCUCGAAGCGUCGUCAGAAGAGCCCCAAGAGGAUGGGCGUGCAUCACUUGCACCGCAAAGACAGCCUGACCCGAGCCCAGGAGCAAGGCACCCUGCUGGACUGAUGGCUGUUCCCAUGGAAACGGACCACUUCCAGGAUAAAGCCAUCGUGUGUGUGUGUGUGUGUGUGUGUGUGUGUGUGUGUGUGUGUGUGUGUGUGUGUGUGUGUGUGUGUGUGUGUGUGUGUGUGUGUGUGUGUGUGUGUGUGUGUGUGUGUGUGUGUGUGUGUGUGUGUGUGUGUGUGUGUGUGUGUGUGAACUAAAACCUUUAUGGACGUCUGUUGCCUUGCUUCCCGAACGAAGCUUUUAUUUUGAAGAGAACAGAAGAGACGCACCUCGAUAAACACACACACCUUUUCUCUCUCUCUGUGUCUCUGUCACUUUCUCUUAAGUUGUUGAGUUGUUUUUGGGUCCUCACCUUUUUAGUUGACCCUCAUUAAAUGAAUAUUAAUCCAUUAUUAACAGAUUAUUAUGUUUGUUUUGUUGUGGUUUGUUGCUAUGGAAGCUUGUUAGUGACAGAAAAAGGGUUUUAUUUUGACAUGAAACGCCUGAAGAGACGGUUCAGGUAUAUGUCGUUAGGGUAUGAUAAUAUUCUUAUUACUACUACUAAUAUGAAUAAUACGUUAUUAUUAUGGUGAUAUUGAUCCUCCAUACUUUAAAUCCACUGAUUAUUCUUCACGGCUCUCUGAUUGUGACGCUCACCGAGGAACAUUGAUCACUGAUUGAUCGGCUGCUGUUUCUUCACUGUUUUCUCAUCCGUGUUUAAUGUUUUCACAGGAAGUGGAAUUAUUGAUUAGCGCAGUUAGAGUGCUUCAGUCUUUGAUCAGUAUUGAUCUAAACUAGUUUCAUCAGCUAAUCGAUAAUGUUGAACAUCUUUCAAUUAAUAGUCUAUCAAUUGAUCUGGUUAACAACAAGCACUAAUCACAGACUGAAGCUUCCUGAGCAUCACUACUGGUGCAUUAUGGGAUGAGAGUGCAUGAGGGGACACAAAGGAUGAAACUUAAUUGACACCGAAGAGCAGAAUUAAUCUAUUAAAAGAAUGUUUGACCAUA